AUGGCUCAAAUUAUUCUCUCAUUGUUGGUCAUCUCUCUCACCAUCUUUGGUUUUUUGGGCAAAGUCGAGUCGCGCUCACGUGCAAGGAUGUACCUUCAGGCACAAUGCCAACCAACAAUAUACUUUGAUCUAUGUGUGAGAACUCUUUUACCCUAUACUACCAAAAAAGAACUACCAAGCCCACGAAGAUUAGCUCAAAUCACGCUAACCACAUGUUUAGUCAAAGCUCGGUUUACCAAGGUUUAUGUAGACAUGAUAGCAAAACAAUACAACAAAACAAAGAAUCAUCGAGAAUACCAGGCUUUGGAAGACUGUCUGAAUCAAAUCAGUUAUGGAGUAAACCAAAUUACUCAAUCCGUCAAAGAAUUACAACAAAUGGAUACAGAUGUGGAAGAAAAAUUUGUGUGGCAUGAGAGUAACAUUAAGUCGUGGAUAAGUGCUGCCUUAACGGACACUACAACAUGUAUGGAUGGACUUUUGGGGGACACACUUGGGAAUAAGGUAAAAAGUAUGAUUAAAGCAAGGUUUUUGAACGUUAAACAACUCGCUAGCAAUUCUCUUGGGAUGUUCAAUCGCUUCACUGCAAGGCAUCGUGCUUCUCGCGCCAUCAGGAACCCUUAA